AGAUGAUUUGACGUCAGAAAGUGUGAAAUAUUAAUCGGUCGUGAAUUCGAUGUUCUCGACACCCGUAGAAAACACCGGCUGGUUUAAGUUUAUAAAUGCAGCCUUAUGUUGGACGUAUUUUUCUUGUAAAAUGCAUUACCUGCUAUUAGUUUUACAUCUGCAGUGGUUAACAUUUCCCAUCUAUUCGCACAGACAUGGUAGCACCAGAAGUACACAGCACAGUUUGCCAAAGAGAGUGAAUGUCGCAAAAAAGGAGGAACUACUUGGUGAGGAUACAAACAGAAUCGAUGAGGCGGAGUACAAGCUGCAAAGUAUGGUCAGCCCAGAGACGCAUGAAGCCAACAGGUUCUUCAACACGCCUCCUUCAAAGGAAAUAGGCAGCCUUCGAGUGGAUACCAUGUCGCCUGCUCAGGUGUCGUUCAUUCAAAGCAGUACUCAAUGGCACAAGUACUACAAACCAUCGUCGCCGACCCCUUACUCAUCCAACAUCUACCCUGAAGAUCCUGUUUUAUUCCCAGGCUUCAAGCCUUUCAGGGGAAGCCAAAGCAGCCAAAGCAGCCAAAGCAGCCAAAGCAGCCAAAGCAGCCAAAGCAGUCAAAGUGCAGGAUACACAGGGGGAAUCGAAGGUUUAGGUAAUGAAGGUGCGCCAAGGCCUCAGCACCGCCCGAGCGACGAUUGGAACGCGAAUUCAUACGGCCAAUAUGGAGACACAGGAGAAGGAGAUCAGCCGCAAAAAGAUUAUGAGAAUAGCCCAUUUACUGAUAAGAGUUGGUGGAAUUCCAAAUCUGAAGGAAGGACACCUUCUAGUUAUGAGAGUUUUGAUGGGAAAACUCUCGCUGUACCUGAGCCAAAAAAUGACCAAGAAUUAACAAACCAAGAUGAUAUGUCUGGUCCAUUAAGUCACGCUGCCAGUAGAUCUCAUGAAGUGCUUGGAGGAGGUGGAUUGGGAAAUAUCCGACCACAUUCAAGGUUGCUAGGGGACGAGAAAUUAAGUCUCUUUAACAAAUUGAACGGUUUGAAGGACAACGAUGUUAUUCCCCAGGAGGAGGAAGACAAAGUUUUCUUUAAUGGCGGGGAUCAGAAGCUCCUUGCACAGAGCGGCGUUGCAAGUCCACCCUUGGAUCCAAUCCCGGGACCAUCACGUGGCCUUGGUACAGCCCUAGCCGAGGAAUUGCUACAGAAAAAUAGAGGGAAAUUCAGAGACGAAGGAGAAUCGACUAAUAUUAUCCAAGGAAUACGUGAAGCGGCGUCGGUGUUAAGGUCAGAUGCAGAUGAAUUUGAUGAGUCACAAUUCCUUUCAAAGCCGCCUUUAGAUGAAAAGGGCGUCCAGAGAACAACAAUGUACCGCAACAGUGACUUUGACAGCGAUCGAGGACACGUGGUUUUGAUCAGGAGCCAUCAGGUAAGGGAGAAUACUGCGAAAAAGCCUGUUACGAAGCACGCGGCAACAUUCAAGAAUGUGGGAAAGCAAAGAGACCUGGCUGGCAAACGAAACAACGGGGAAAGCAACAAGAAGCAUAUUCUUGGUCACCGAUUCGGUCAGCGAUUGAGUUAUUCUGGGACGAACUUGAAAGCCAGCAAGAAAUCAAUUGCAUCAUUUCACAAAAGACUCUGUAAGCGAUGCACUUCUCCCUCGCCGUUCAAAAAGUUCACCUUUAAAAGAAAGAUCCAUCGACCACAUAAAGAUCGAUAAAAUCGAAGUGACUUGACAUAAUUGUUUGCUUUUCAUUAAUUGUCUGGUAACACCCCAUCAAUGGGUCUUGAAGUACCGGAUGGAAAACGUUGAAUCAAAAUGUACCGUUCCGUACGGCUUUUUUCCAUUAUUACGGAGAGUAUGGUGCACGGAAACAUUGGCACUAAAUUGAGCACAGAUAGUGAGUUGUGAAAUUCAUAAUUUAAUCGCGCGGUUCUUAGUUGUCAUUCAGCUUUAAGUUUGCGUGCGUUGAUUGCAAGAAUAUAUUGUGGCACCAAAUGCUAUCGGUUGAAAUGCGCCGUUGAACAAGCCUAAGUGUACAAAAGUUCAUAUUUUCUAGUCUCUUUCGAUCAUUUUCCACUGUAGGGGUAUCUAAAUUAGAAAUUAGCAAAUUUUAUAAGUUUAAAUACUCUGUAGUAGAGACAAAACAUUGUGAUCCCCAAUAAAAGUUAUAAAA